UCGUGUAUUCUCCACAAGGUGUGUAUGUUGACAGGAAGUGAUGUCACACACAAGCAGGAAGUGACAUAUGUGUACAAACAGGAAGUUCCAGGUGAGAGGUGAGUCGGGAGGAAGUAGAGAGAAGACAUUGCUGAAACUGGCAGCAGAGAAGAGAGGGGCAUACUGUAUAGAUCACAUGACCAGAUCAAUGAGAAUGGACAAGGACUGGAGUCACAUAACCGAGAGGAUAAUAAACUUUACCCUGGAGAUCAUCUACCUGCUGACUGGAGAGAGUUUUCCUCCGGUGAAGUCUGGUGAUCAGGUAACUAUCACAGUGCCUUCACCUCACAUCUUGACACCUAAGAGAAAUAAUGAGCAGAAGAUUCUAGAAGUCACCAAGAAGAUCUCUGACCUUCUGACAGGAGAGGUUCCUAUAAGGUGUCAGGAUGUCACUAGAUGUCCCCGUCCUCUGUAUUCCCGGGAUUCCACACAGGAAGGUCACACCAUCCCCCACCAUCAUCAGGUAGAAGAAACCGAACAUAUGCAACUGAAGGGCAAUGACCCAAUUGAUAUGAAAGUUGUGGUUAAAAAGGAAGUAGAGGAGACAUGUAUGAGAAGUGAUCAGCUAUCUAUGGAGGAGGCUGGACUGACAGUGAUAAUAAAAGAGGAGGAUUCUUCUUUAGAUAUCAGCACAUAUGGCCGUGACGUUCGGAAUUCCUCAGAGGGACAUUAUAUGUCAUCUCCACUAUAUAAUGCCAUCAUGAAUUAUUCUUCAGAAGUAAAUAACGAUACUCAAAAUUUCCAUCCCGAACUUUACCAUGAAAAUAGAUCAACAGAUCCCCUUAACCCCGAAAAUUUUGAUGAUAAGCCACAUCCGAGACUUCACAGUGCAGACAGAUCCUCUGAUCGAUCGACUCUGCAGGGAUCAUCGUCUAGUAGCUUAGACACUGUUGCACACAGGGAUGAAAAGACGCUCCUCUUGUCUGAAGCUGAUAAUUGUUUCAUUUCGAAACCAUCCCUCGCUUUCGAUCAAAGAGUACACAACCGCAAGGUUUCGUUUCCAUGUUCAGAGUGCGGGAAAAGUUUCACUCAGAUGGCAGACCUUCUUAGACAUCAGACAACUCACACUAGGGAGCGUCCUUAUUCACCUCCAAAAUUGGAAAAAUCUUUUUUCCGGAAAGCAGACCUUCCUACCCAUGAGGUAAUUAACUCGGUCGAGCGUUCGUUUUCAUGUUCCCGGUGCGGGAAAUGUUUUGCCCAGCAAGCGGACCUCCUUAACCAUGAGAUAAUACACAUGGGCGAGCUUUCUUUUUCAUGUUCCUGGUGCGGGAAAUGUUUUGCCCAGCAAGCAGACCUCCUUACCCACCAGAGAACUCACACAGAUGGGCGCCCUUUUAUAUGUUCAGAGUGCGGGAAAUGUUAUACGCAGAAAGGGACGCUUAUUGCACACCAAAGAAGACACACGGGCGAGCGGCCGUUUUCCUGUCCACAGUGCGGGAAAUGUUUUAUAGAAAAAGGACACCUUCAAAGACACCAGAAAAGGCACACGUCAGAUCGCCCUUAUUCGUGCCCCGAGUGCGGGAAGCGUUUCUUUCAGAAAGAUGAACUUGCCACGCACCAGAGAAGCCACACCGGGGAGCGGCCUUUUUCCUGUCUAGAGUGCGGGAAAUGUUUCACUCAGAGGGGAGUGCUAAUUGCACACCACAGGAGUCACGUGGGGGCACGCCCCUAUUGCUGUUCAGAGUGCGGGAGAGGUUUUACCGUCAAAGGGCAUCUGGUUAUUCAUCAGAGAAUCCACACGGGGGAGCGUCCUUUUUCCUGUUUAUUGUGCGGGAAACGUUUUAUAAGGAAGGAACAUCUUGUGAAGCACGAGAAAAGUCGGAUAUGUUUGAAACCAAAAUCAAAGGCAGCUUCACAUGCCAGCUAAUGCUAGGGAGACGUGAAUGGGGGAGGGGGGGGGGGUUCAGAAUUGCUUCUUUGACCUCAAUUAAAGUACUUUGUAUGUUUUUUUACGACCUUUGUCUAUUGUAAUGAUGUUUCAUUUUAAUUGGAGGAAUCCAAUUACCCAGCACUGUAUAUGUGAAGGGGAGAAGAGGACCUUUCUUCAAGGCGGAUGAGAUGUAGAAACUUUAUGAAGUUCAGGGAUCACAAUUUUACAAUUUACAGGGGUAAAAAAAAAAGGAAUUUGGAGAUGCGGAGGAGACUGAGAUCUACAGAAAGGACUUUUUUUGGGUUAAAAAAACUUACCUUAACCACUUGCAGACCGGAA